AUGAAUAGUUAUGAUUCCUCAAUUAAUUGCCGUUUUCGUCGUGAGCGAUCUAAUUAUAAUGAACCAUCAGCUGUUGCUUGUUAUUUAUCACGCUCAAUCAAUCAAUUGAAUGCAGGUGUUGGAUGUUGUUAUGAUGGUAUUGGUCAACUUAUAACCCGUGGAACAGAUGGCGGAACAGAUGAUCGUUAUCAACUAGUAUCAUCUCUAGUGCUUCAUUUUUUUAGUGAUACAUUACUAUUUCUUGCUUGUCGUAUUUUAAAUUCAAAGGAACAAACUUGUGCAUCAUAUUUUCAUUUACAACCACAUCAUUAA